CCCGUCAAACUCUCCCGCCAUGUUAUCUCUCCAUCCUAAAACCCUGUUCCCUUCUUCUCCAUUUCACCUUACACACAGAGCCCUAAACCCUAACCCUAACCCUAGAUUCCCACACAGAAAAGCAGUAGUAAAGACUAACCAUUGCAAAGCGGAGUACACGACUGAAAGGGGUCUCCAAUUCGAGACGGGAGAGUCCUUCUUUCGCCACGAGAGCGCCACAGGUCGCGACUUGGGUGUGCUUGCUGCGGCCCUAUACAAGAGAGAGAAAGGCCAAUUACGGGUCCUCGACGCAAUGUGCGGGUGUGGUGUCCGGUCCCUUCGGUAUCUCGUUGAGGCAGAGGCGGAUUUCGUGGUUGCAAAUGAUGCAAACGACAAUUACCGGAGAGUUAUAUUGCAAAACUUGAGAUUGGUGGAGAGUGGUGAAGGGGAUGAGAGGAGGUGGGUCGUCACGCAUUCCGAUGCUAAUCGGAUAUUGACAGAGCACUAUUUGCAUAACGAUUUCUUGGAUUUUAUUGAUGUCGAUUCGUUUGGGAGCGAUUCUAUGUAUCUGAGGUCCGCCAUUUGUGCACUGCGAUGGGAUGGACUGCUUUACAUUACUUCAACGGAUGGGUUCUCGUCGGGAGGUCACCGGCCUGAGUGUUCCUUAGCUGCAUAUGGAGCAUAUAUUCGCCAGAUGCCAUACCCAAAUGAGAUUGGUUUGCGAAUGCUUAUAGGUGGGGCUGUGCGGGAAGCUUCUGUACUUGGUUAUCAUGUCACGCCACUCUUCUCAUAUUAUGCAUACCAUGGUCCUAUUUUUAGAGUCUUGCUUCAAGUGAACCGUGGGAAGCUAUCUGACAAGAGACAUUACGGUUUCGUUAGUUAUUGUCAUGGUUGUGGGAAUUCUCAAGCUUAUACAUGGGAGGAACUUGGUCAGAUGAAUUGCCCCUGCAGUUAUCAAAAAGGCCCUAGAUCACUUGUUGUUUCAGGUCCAUUGUGGACAGGACCUCUCCACAGUGCCAACUACCUUAAGGAAAUGUUGGACUUAGCCGAGACGUGGGGGUGGACAGGGAAAGGUACUGGAACUGAACUGCACAAGCUUUUAAGCCGGAUGGUGGAGGAGAGUGAUCCAAAAUUACCUCCGGGAUACAUCAAUAUGGAUGAGAUGGCAAGCCGUGCGAAAAUAAACUCUCCUUCCCUAGAGACAAUGAUGGGCACCUUGCGCAAGGAAGGUUAUGCGGCGAGUCGGACACAAAUUGCUAGCAAUGCCUUCAAGACAGACUGUCCCAUGAGUGAAUGCAUCAGGAUCGCCAAGGAUUUGAAGUGCUGCUAAUAGUUUUGAACAGGAAGUGUAAUCUAGCACUUCCACAAUGACAUUUCCUCAAAAAAAACUUAUCAAUCUAGCACUUCAAGACACUGUUAUUACUGUCAGUGACGUGAAUAAUUUUUCUACGAUCACGUCAUUGGCAAUUGCGUGAUUAGCUCAUUAAUGUUAAUGACGUCACUGUCAAUCGUGUGAUUGAUAAAAACAUACUAAUUGCACCACUGACAGUGGCGUCAUUGUAGAUCUUCAAACAAUCAUGCUUAGUGACGCCACUGGAAGACCUUCAGGACACUGCCUUGCAUAGAUAGGGAGGAGCAGCUUGUAUAACUGGGCAGGAGAACUGAUUUGCAUGAUGCAAUUAAUGAUUCAGCUGCUGUCGUUGAUAGUAAUUAGUUAGGCAGUAAGUAAUGUGGUAGCUGAGCCACCACGGGGAUGUAGUUAUACUGUAGGCUAAGCACGCGGACGUGGUCAUGCUCAUGUUGCUGAGUUUAUAUGCAUCCCUCACAACUGACGCAAGAUGAUGUUGGUCCAUCUACUGCCUCUACCAUAUUGACCACACGAACUAAGAGGAGAACGUACCAAUAGACUUUCUUAAUGUAUGUUUUAUGGAUGUUGAAUGUUAGGACCAUAUGUUAUUUGUUUACAGAGAUUGGUUGGUUUGUA